AUGAAACGUUUAAAUUCCUCGGCAACAUAUCUUGCAGGCAUAACAAUAUGUGAUAUUGUAUACCAACUACUACACACGUUCUUUUACUUGAAAUAUUUCUGGGGAUUGCCUGCAAUUGGCCGUCAAGUUCUGUGUCAACUUUGGAACGUUCUUUACUUAAUUCCACAAUACGCCAGUCAAUUGCUCGUGCUCGGAUUUACAAUGGAACGUUUCAUUUCAAUAUAUAAACCAUUUCAUGGUGAAAGGUUUAGCAAACGCCAAAGGGCUCCUAAAAUUGUAAUAAUUAUUACAGUGAUUGUGGUUAUUUUGGCAAUGCCUCAGGCAUAUUUCUGGACAGUUGAUGCAGACGGAUUUUGUGAAAUUGGCAGCGGCGACGAACUAUUAGAAAUAUAUACAAUAUGGUCGUUUGUUACCGAAAGUACUAUAUUCUUUGUUGUUCCAGCUCUUACACUUAUUCUUAACAUAUUUGUGCUUCGUGAGACACAUAAAGUUAUAAAUAGACACAGAAGUUUGAACUUUGAAACCAAUGGACCUUCUCGAAUACAUAAAUCGAGAAAUUAUAGACCAGCAACAAAAACCCUACUUUGUAUUUCAUUUUUCAGAAUUCUAACACAGCUUCCCGUAUCAAUUACGUAUACAAUACAGAACCUUGACGCAUUCAGCUUUGGUAAAUUCAUGCCAUUAGAAGAUAUGAGGAACGAUGCUCAAUGGAGGAUUUUUAUUUCAUAUUGGGGAGCGAGGGUGUUUAUAGAAACAAUCGGUGCUUCUCAUUUUGCUCUCAGUAUUUUUAUAUUUUAUGCUUCAACAAAGCAGUUCAGAAAUGAAAUAGGAAAAAUACUUAACUUAAUGAAAUGUGGUGCCGGUAGACAGUCCGCUCAAUGGAAACAUAGACCAGGAAGAUGUACUUCCUCCGAUUUUGUGUAUAUGUCAAGCUUCUACAAGACCUCGGAUCUUUCAGUAACUAACAAUUCGUCUUAGUUCAUUUACAUUCACAUCUGAUCCGUAACAUAAAUAUAAAUAUAUGGACCGACUGUGUACUGAAUCAUUCAGAUACACCAAUAUAGGUGUUUUAAAAUUGAUCGAAUUCUUCUUCAAUUCUGUGUUUAAUAUAACAACGGAUAUAUUGUGAUUAUAUAAGUUGAUUCAGAAGACAAGAUCUAACUUGAUCUUACUUGAAAUUUGCAAAUGCACCAAUAUUGAAAUGUGUGCUAAACAGGUUCAAAAAUGUUAUUACAAAAUGUAAAUAACAACAGUGAUAUAACAGUUACAAAUAUUAGUCGAAAUUGAUUUUUCUUUACAUUUAUACAUUUGUUUGUACCUUAAUCGUGUCAUUAAAUUUUAUAAAGUAA